AUGAAACGAACGAAACGUAGCUGGAUGUAUGAAAGGAAGGUUGAACAUUCUAUUAAUCCUGAAUUUGUGAAAGGGGUAGCUGAAUUCCUUAAAUACGUGGAAGAUCAUCCCGAGAGCAGCAACCCGAAUGAAGUUAGGUUUCCAUGUUUCAAAUGUAAGAAAAAACGGCUAUGGGAUGCGAAAACGGUUAAAAUUCAUUUAUACCGCAAGGGUUUUGUACCUAAUUACUAUCAGUGGAUGUGCCAUGGGGAAGGGUUUUCGAGAUUUCCUGAAGGGUCGUUAAAUGAAUACCGUGAAAUGGUUUUCGAUGCUUUUGGUCAUAAAGAAGAACAAGGGCAUUCUGAAGAGGCAGAGGAGGAGCCUAAUGCACAAGCUAAGCAUUUCUUAGAUUUGUUAAAAGCUUCCGAACAACCAUUAUACGAAGGGAGUUCAUUGUCUAUGUUAGAGAUGGCUGCCCGAAUUACUAGUCUUAAGUGCGAGUAUAAUUUUCCCCAUAGAUGUGUUGAUGGGUUUGCUUCUUUGGUUAAUGAGGCUAUUCCUAAAAACAACCAUAUGGUCAACACAUUCUAUGAGGUGAAGAAGAUUGUAAAGGGGUUGGAAUUGCCUCAUGAAAAGAUUCAUGCAUGCCCAAAAGGAUGUAUGCUAUUUUGGAAGGAUGAUGUUCAGCUAUCUAUAUGUCGGGUGUGUGGUAGCGACCGAUAUAAGAAGACUUCUAAAGGUAGCUUAGUGCAUUUGAAUGUAUUAAUUUAUUUUCCGAUCACACCGAGAUUGCAAAGGCUCUAUGAAACCAAGAAAAUUUCGGAGGAAAUGACAUGGCAUUUGAAAAAUCCUCGAGUUCAAGGCACAAUGGCGCACCCUAGUGGUAGUGAAGCUUGGAAACACUUCGACAAUUGCUUUCCAGAAUUUUCCAAUGAGCCUUGUAAUGUUCAACUUGGCUUGUGUACAGAUGGUUUUGCUCCUCAUGUGGCAAAGUUUCUUGGUUUGAUUGUCAUCGCCAAUUCUUUCCAACAGAUCACCCUUUUUGAAAAAGCAAAACUGCAUUUUGUAAAAACAAAGUCGAAAAAGGUUCACCGCCACACAUCAUAUCAGGUGAGGAAUUGUGGGAAUAAGUGA